AAGUCCUGCCUACCCUGAGGUAGACUCACAGGUACACUUAGUCAAUGGAGGGAAUUACUGCUCUAAAAAUUAUGCUUUCUGCAAACAUUUCCUCCUUACACUUCAUUUCAUCACCCUGAUUUCAAACUUGGCACCAUCACCUUCAUUUGUGAAAGUAUUGUACAUCUUAAAGCAGAACUGGCUUUGGAAAGCCCCGCUGCAUUUGCGUCAUCAAGAACUGAACAAUAAAUCCUCCUGCCCAGCUGCUUGUAGUAGUAUCAGAGUCAUCACAAACACAUGACAUCUCCUCCCACAUGCAAAGGUGUGGAGCUAUCAGCCAAAGACUCAGACUGCAGCACUGAAAACAGCACACUGCUGACUAGUGAGCUUGAAACAAGGAGACCAUGGCAGACCAGUCGAUGUUAACUGAGGAGAACCAGGAGCGGAUCCAUGCUGUUGAGAGCUCAUUUGGUCCAUUGGGUAGACCCCUGUCACAGCCAGGUCGGAUUCUGAUUGGAGAGGGCCGAUUGAUGAAGCAGAGCCGCCGGGGGCCACAGCCUAAAGUCUUCUUUCUCUUCAAUGACGUGUUGGUGUAUGGCAGUAUCAUUCUUAAUGGACACUGGCACAAGAAACAGCAGAUCAUCCCUCUAGAGGACAUCCAACUAGAAGACUUGAAGGACGGUGGGAGAAUAAGGAACCAAUGGUUAAUCCGCACCCCACGAAAGUCCUUCUACGUGUCUGCCUCCUCAUAUGAGGAGAAGCGAGCCUGGAUGGACCACAUGGAGGAAUGCAUAUCCAGAUUGCAGGACAGCUGUGGUCGAAGGCCUGGGUCUGCCUUUGCUGUAACCUGGAUCCCUGACCAGGCCUCUAGCAUCUGCAUGCGCUGCUCUGACAAGUUCUCCUUGACCCAGCGUCGACACCACUGCAGAAAAUGUGGCUUUGUUGUGUGUGGUGCAUGCUCCAAAAAUCGAGCUAUGAUUAGAAAUAUUCACCCGACUAAGUGCGUGAGGGUCUGCAACAUGUGUCACUUGAGUCUUCAUAGGACUGAGGCAAAGAAUCAAGAGAUGUGUCAUAUGAGAGGGAAGAUGGGAUCUGAUGAAGAUGAUAUGGGGGAUUACAGCGAAGAAGAAGAGGCGUAUGAGCAGAUGGAGGACCAUGACCUCAGCAGGUAUUCCCAGAUGGACUCCUGGUCCCCCUUUGUCUACCUGAAACCAGAGCAUGUGAGGCUAUGAGUGCUGCAGUGGCUCAUAAACCAUUCAGGGUCUGACUUUGGGAUGUUCUUUAACAGACUGAAGUUAUCCUCAGCCAGUCAUAAGCACAAAUGCUGAUAAUGUAUAUAGUUAAAAGUGUAUAUACUUUAUUUAUUGAUUUUAUUUAAUGAUAUUAAGUCAAACACUGUUGUGACAUUGUCUCUUGAGCACUAGCAUCUGGCCUCAGUUUGCCUAACUACAUUUUUAUUUAAGUCUGGUUUUGAUCACGUGAAUACUUCUCUGUUUUAAAUGAAACAUUUGAACCCCACAUAUGUCUCACAUUUGUAUUUCUUGAUUGAAUGGUUGUUCAACGUCUUGAAAAAAUGAACUGAAAACACGGAAACAUCUCAAUUUACAUGUACAUCAUGAACAAUGAAAGAUA